ACACCCCUCAAAUGAAGUGCGGGUGAAUUUUCUUGAUGAACCAUCUGCCAAUGUGUGUAUUUUUUGCUUUCAGGUAUUAGGCUUGUAAAACUUUUGAGAUAUCGGGAGGAUUUUUCAUUCUUACUAUUCUCGGGCUCUGAGUAGCCCGAUGUGAUUAUCGAAAUUGAUAAUGGUAAAGAAGGAAAUAGGAUGAAGAAUACUUCAGGCAUGAGCAGUAGUCUUGUGGACCCGAAAAACGCAGAUGAAUCUCUUGACGGAGGAAGCUGUUUCAAAGCAGAAGACUGUGCAAUCUGUUCGCAAAGAUGCACAGGAUAUCGCGAUUUACCUUGCGGUCACUCCAUCCACAGGUCUUGUGCUAAAAAAUGGCUAAGCAUCAAUCCUACCUGUCCAUUCUGUCGACAACCAGUUCCUGAUGAAGGAGUGGAAAAAUGUGCACAAGUUACAAGAGUACCACGAGCAGAACGUAGCCCAAUUACCAUAGAUGCUCAACAGAGCAUGUGGAGCAUCUCACAUUCUGCACAGAGAGAUCAUGAAAUCGUGAUUCGUCGCCGCGGCCGUGUUUGCUUGAUCAUGUUUUUCUUCUUGUCAUGGAUUAUUCUCGAAUCAUUGAUGAGUGCGUUGAGAUCAAAUCUCAUGGAAUCGAGUAUUUUGACCCUCAGCUCGAGAGAGGACCUUAAGGCAGAUCUUCAAAGUAAAACUACUCGAAUGUGCCUUGUCAUCCAUGAAUGA